AUGACUCAGGGCACCAGCGGUGUUUUGGGCUUCUCCUCCGCCUCCUUCUGGCGUUCCGCGCUGUUUCUGGCGCAGGGUGCCGUCCCUCACGUCGAUGUGGCAUGGAGCGCGGUGCUGAGCUCCUGCGAGGCGAGCGCUGAAUGGGAGAUGGCCCUCGCCAGCCUCGAGAGGGCUUUUGAGCAUCACUUGGAAGUCUCCCUGGUGCUCAACAACGCCGCGAUCAGCGCCAUCAGCGCCGGCGCAACUGCGGUCACUGCGUCAACGUGGCAAGUGGGCGUCGAGAGGCUGCUCCUUGCCGCGUCCCGCCAGCUGCGUGUGGACGUGAUCGGAUACAAUGCGCUGUGCAGCGCGCAGGAGAAGAGCUGCGUCUGGCAUCAGGUCCUCUCGUUGGCCUCGCAGCUCGCCGCGCGGAGCCUGCGCACUGACGCCUUCGCCGCCGGCGCCGUGUUCUUCGCGUCGAAGGAGGCCGUGGGUGGCAGAACGUGGCAGCGAACGCUGCGGCUGGCGGACUGGGUGGCAGAACGGCAAGUGGAGCUGGAUGUGAUUAAGCAGCAAGCAGUGCUGGCCGCCUUGGCCACGCGCGGCCAAGCGCUGAAGGAUGGCUGUGAGCGCCUCUCCGGUUCAGCUGUUUCGCUCUUGGAGUCGUUGCCGAAAAGAGAGACGUGCUUCCUUGAAACCCCCGCGGACGAGUCCCUGGGGAGCCUGGACGAACGCCCUGCGACGCGGUCGACUGGUGAAAGACGACAGGAGCUCGGAGCCUUGAGUUUGGUGGCCAAGGGCUGUGCCUUGAGUGGCGCCUUGGGGCGACACCCGAUUUACGGCCGUGUGGCCCAUGACGCGGCCUUAGCACUGGAGGAUAUCGCCUUGGCGCUCUCGUUGCUGGGACCGUGGGACGCGCAGCCGGGGAAGCUCAGCCCGGUGAGAGCGGGGAUCGACAAGGCCGUCCAACGCUUCCGUCAGGCGCUGGUGCCGCCGGGGCUGGAUCGAUCAGUGCAAAGUACCCAGGCAGGGAUCGGCCAGGGCCAAAGUGCUGUGCCGCCUCAGUUAGGUACGGUGGCAGUGUAUUGCGAGGGGAAACAUGACGAAUGUGAGGUUUUCAGGAGGCGGAACGGUGAGAACAAAGAGAAUCAGGAACUGUUGGAACGAGAUGACUGGGGCGGGGCGUUUGAGCAUGACAAGCACUGGCUGGCUGAGGACACCUUCUACAUCUCUGUGGAUGCCUCGGUUGCCUCCGUGGCGGUCGUCGACGGCCACUCGCUCUCCGUGGCAGUCGUGUUGGAUGCGGUUGGAGAGAUUUUAUCCGCGGCCGGACGAGACGCCCUGGCCGACUUGUUGCGGAGGAUGAAGAGCUGCUCUGCUGAGGAGUUGGCCCAGGUCGGAACACUCACCGUCAUCGGCUUUGGUGGCAGGCUAGUGAAGGCUGAUCCCACUUCAGAUUGGGAGGAGACUGCCGUAGGGGACACGGACGCGCAGGCCUUUUGUAGCAAGCUCAACCGCCGAGGCAGAGCGAGCUGGUCAGCUACGCAGAAGCCCACGCAACAGGGUGAGGGCGCAACGUUGUUGGAGACCCUGGGCAUCACGGAUGCACGAAGAUGCUUGAGCGCCGGCGAUUUGGCGGUGGACGUCUCCCUGCCCAGUGGCCGCAGCUGCCGGGUGAACGUGAGCGCCAGCUCGGUGGUGGCGGACCUGCGCUUGGUGGCUGAAAAGGCGCUGAACGUCGGCUUCCUAAGACUCAUCUCGCCGGAUGGCCGCUUUCUGGACCCCGCGUUGAGCCUGUGCCAGAGCGGGCUGCAGUCGGGCGACACCCUCACGGCGGUGGCGCAGCCCGCCAAGAUCCAGGCGACCUGCAGCGCCUUCGCCAAGUGGUGCUCGGGGCCCUCUCCCGUCACGCUUUGGGGUGAUCCAGAUUGUGGCGGCGAGAACAACGAGGAGCUGGUGGAAGUUCAAGAGAUUCAGUCGGCGCAUGAGGCCUUCGCAGCAAUCUUGGGAGAUGGCACGGUGAAGGUUUGGGGCAACCCCGACAGCGGCGGUGAUGCCGAAGAGGUGGCAGGGAAGCUGAAGAACGUCCAGCAGAUCCAAUCCGCGCACAGCGCCUUUGCGGCGCUCCUCGCGGAUGGCAGUGUGGUCACCUGGGGUGAUUCCUCCUUCGGUGGCGAUAGCAGUCGGGUGCAGAGACGCUUGAAGAAGGUGAAGCACAUUCAGUCCACCGGCUGGGCCUUCGCGGCGCUCUUGGAGGACGGUUCUGUGGUAACCUGGGGAGACAGCAAGGAUGGUGGGGACAGCAGUAAAGUGCAGCGGCAUUUGAAGAACGUUCGCGCAAUUCAAAGCACCGAUGCUGCCUUUGCAGCCCUGCUUGCAGAUGGAAGUGUGGUCACUUGGGGCUUGGAAGACUACGGUGGCAAUUCCCAGAAGGUCCAAGCCCAGCUGCGCUCGGUGACGGCGAUCCAAGCCACGGAGUGGUCCUUCGCCGCCCUGCGCCAGGAUGGCCAGGUGGUAAGCUGGGGCCACAUCACCAACGGUGGCGACAGCAGCGAGGUGGCCCUCAGUGAGGUGCAGAUGAUUCAGGCCACGGCCUACGCCUUCGCCGCCAUCUCCACAGGCGGCCGUGUGACCACGUGGGGCCAUCCACUCUAUGGCGGGGAUAGCGGUGCAGUGCAAGGUCAGCUGUCGAAGGGCGUCGUGCAGAUUCAAGCGACCGAGCGCGCCUUCUGCGCCAUCUUGGAGGAUGGAAGCGUCGUCACCUGGGGUCACAAGGAUUAUGGUGGUGAAGUUUCCGCAGAUCUGAAGAAAGAACUUUGCCAUGUGCAUCAGGUGCAGAGCACCAAGGCGGCCUUUGCGGCAAUCCUGGCCGAUGGCCGGGUCGUGGCCUGGGGCAGCAGCACCUAUGGCGGUGAGAUCACCAAGGAGCAGGAGAAGAAGAUCAGGAACGUGCAGCUGAUCCAGUCCAGCCAUAUGGCCUUCGCCGCGCUGCUGUCGGAUGGCAGUGUGGAGAGUUGGGGCAAGAUCGACGACGACGAUUUUCUGGGUCAAGGAUCCAUGAGCGAAUACUCCGAUGGCAGCUCUUUGUGA